UGAAAUGAGGAUUUGUUGUUUCUCAGGUCACUGAGCUAGCAGGCUACACUGCCCGUGUCUACAACAUGUUUUCAGUCUUCGAUGAGGUGAAGAGAGGCAUCUACAAAAGAACUGCUGUUAUUCAGGGGUCUGUAAACCACAGCAAGAAUGAAGAUAAAUCAGAGUUGCACAUUGAUGGGCCCUUAGAAAUCAAAGGGAAGGUUAUUGAUGUUGAUCAAGGAAUUAUUUGUGAAAAUGUUCCUAUUAUUACUCCGAAUGGCGAUGUGGUGGUUUCCAGACUAAACUUCAAAGUCCAGGAGGGAAUGAAUCUAUUAAUCACUGGACCCAAUGGCUGUGGAAAGAGUUCACUCUUCAGAAUUUUAAGUGGUUUGUGGCCUGUGUAUGGAGGAGUUCUCUACAAACCCCCUCCCCAGCACAUGUUUUAUAUACCACAAAGGCCCUACAUGUCCAUUGGAACGCUACGUGAUCAAGUCAUCUAUCCAGACUCAGUGGAUGACAUGCAUGAGAAAGGCUACCAAGAUCAAGAUCUGGAGUCUAUUCUGCAUACAGUUCACCUGUACCACAUAGUUCAAAGAGAAGGAGGCUGGGAUGCCAUCAUGGAUUGGAAAGAUGUCUUAUCAGGAGGAGAAAAACAAAGGAUGGGCAUGGCUCGGAUGUUUUACCACAAGCCAAAAUAUGCAUUGCUGGAUGAAUGUACGAGUGCUGUAAGCAUUGAUGUCGAAGGAAAGAUAUUCCAAGCUGCGAAAGCUGCUGGCAUAUCCCUGCUUUCUAUAACACACAGACCUUCUCUUUGGAAGUACCACAGUCACUUGCUGCAGUUCGACGGACAAGGCGGCUGGCGCUUCGAGCAGUUGGACACUGCUAUCCGUUUAUCACUGAGUGAGGAGAAACAGAGACUGGAAUCCCAACUUGCAGGAAUUCCUAAAAUGCAACAGAGACUGAAUGAACUGUGUAAAAUCCUGGGAGAAGACUCAGUACUUAAAACAAUGGACAAAGAGGAAUAAAUAAUUUAUGUUUU